AAGCGGAUAUAGAAUUUAUUACAAAUUGUGAAAGAAAGCCUAAACCUAUUUUAACCAAUGAUUUAACCAAUACUUAUCCAAAUGAUUUAUUAACGGUUGGACCAUCCUCACUGACAAUUAGAGAACCUAAUUCGAAAAAUUCCAAAGCAUCUUCAAUUAAAUCGAUACUAUCGCGAUAUCAUGGAAA